CAUAGAGUGGCGAGCGCAGCAAAUCUGAAAAACAGUUCAGGAGCGCUCUGCCGAGGAUCAAGAUUUUUUUUUUUUUUCAAUGGCUUUUAGGAAUUGGUCGAAGUCGAGUGGGGCCGGUGCGGCGGGCGCAACCAACAACGCCCGCACGAAGACGUUGGAUGACAGGUAUCUUGCGUUAUUUUUUUUUUUCGAAAAAAAAUGUGCGCAAAUAUAUUAGAAAACGUUUGCGGCCAAAAAUCCAUUUUGACACAGAGAACUAUUUGGCAUCAUGGCGGAGAUGAAUGCCAGUGAAGCUCGGCAGCUCUACGCGGCUAGGAGGCGCUCGUUGGAACACAUGGGAGACAGCACAAGGAACUUGAGGAUGUCGUUCCUCCAGGCAGCAGCGUCGCAGGAGAGAAUUAUAACGGGCGACGGAGUUGAGGCACCAAGUGACGUCUGCCUUCUGGAGAAGGACUAUCCUGGAAAGACCGAGAGAGUUCGCGUGCACCCGGAUCGUCCCGUGGAUUUGGAGAAGAGGAAGGACAGGGAGAAGAUCUUUGAGUUGAUGAAGAGUUAUUUGUCGCAGGAUCCGAAUGACAUUGCUCAAUUCAUUGUGAACCACAUUGAGUACACGUUGGCGAGGUUCCGAAGCAACUUCGAUGAGAUUGCGGCGUACCUGGCGACGGCGUACAGUGUGAGGGACAGGUUGAUUGAGGGGUGGAACGACACGCAGAUGUACUACAAGGCACACGCGAAGAAGUUUUGUUUUUACCUGUCAAUAGAGUACCUGCCAGGUCGUUCGUUGCAGAAUGCGAUCAACAACAUGGGGCUGCAGGACCCGUACCAUGCGGCGCUGAACAUUCUAGGGUACGAGUUGGAGGACGUGUACGACAUGGAGCAGGACGGCGCGCUGGGGAACGGUGGGUUGGGGAGGUUGGCGUCAUGUUUCUUGGAUUCUAUGGCGACGCUGGGGUUGCCGGCGUGGGGAUACGGGUUGAGGUACAAGUACGGGAUGUUCAAGCAGGUGAUUCAGAACAGCGAGCAGGUGGAGAUGCCGGACUACUGGCUGGGCGCGGGUAAUCCGUGGGAGAUACAGAGGCUGGGUCGGUUUUACCAGGUGUUUUUCUACGGCAAGUCGGUGAGGGUUUGGAAGGAUCAGAAGUUGAUCAGCAUUUGGGAGCCGGGAGAGGUGGUGCACGCGCACGCGUACGACAACCCGAUACCGGGGUACAGGAUUCGCAACGUGACGAAUUUGAGGUUGUGGGAGUCGAAGCCGGCGACGGAGAUCAACUUGUCGUCGUUCAACAGCGGGCAGUACGAGGGGGCGCUGCAACAGAAGCAGGAGGCGGAGAAGAUAACGAGUGUGUUGUACCCGAACGACUCGACGUACCAGGGUCGGAUAUUGCGACUGAAGCAGCAGUACUUCUUGUCUUCGGCGACGCUGCAGGACAUCGUUGACCGGUUCAAGUUGUACAUGGGCGCGGCGCCGAUGAAGGAGCUGGCGAACGCGGUGGCGAUCCAGUUGAACGACACGCACCCGACGAUUUCGAUUGUGGAGAUGAUGAGGAUCUUGGUGGACAUAGAAGGGAUGGAGUGGGACGAUGCGUGGUCUGUGACGACGAAGGUGUUCUCGUACACGAACCACACGGUGCUGCCGGAGGCGUUGGAGAAGUGGGAGGUGAACAUCAUGGAGGAGGUGCUGCCUCGCCACAUGGAGAUCAUAUAUUUGAUCAACCAUUACUUUAUGGAGUACUUGGAGAAGCUGUAUCCGGGCGACAGCGGGCUGAAGGGGAGGUUGUCAAUCAUCGAGGAGGAGCCGGUGAAGAAGGUGAGGAUGGCGUACUUGGCGGUGAUAGCCUGUCACAAGGUGAACGGGGUUUCUGUGAUUCACUCGGAUAUCUUACAGAACACGUUGUUCCGGGAGUUCGUGGCGAUAUGGCCCAGAAAGUUUAUCAACGUGACGAACGGGGUGACGCCCAGGCGUUGGGUGAACCAGGCGAACAUGUUGUUGAGCAACCUGAUAUCCAAGACGCUCGGGAGCGACAAGUGGCUGACGGACUUCGAGCUAAUAAGGGAGUUGAAGAAGUACGCGAGCGACAGGGAGUUCCAGAAGAACUGGUGGGAGUGCCGGAUGGCAAACAAGCGGGUUUUAUGCGCGUAUGUCCUCGAGAACGUGCACAUUGUGAUCAGUCCGGACGCGCUGUUCGACAUUCAGGUCAAGAGAAUUCACGAAUACAAAAGACAGCUUUUGAACCUGUUCGGUGUGAUUCACCGGUAUCUCUGGCUCAAGAGUCUGAGUCCGCGCGAGCGGGAGAAACAAGUCUCCAGGGUGCACUUUAUUGGCGGUAAGGCGGCCACGGGCUAUUACAGGGCCAAGCUUGUCAUCAAGCUGAUCAACCAGGUCGCUCAGGUGAUCAACAGCGAUCCCGAGAUCGGGUCACUGCUCAAGCUGGUGUUUUUGCCCAACUACAGCAUUUCCAUGGCCGAGAUCUUGGUGGGCGCUUCGGACCUCUCGCAGCACAUCUCGAAGGCGGGCACGGAGGCCAGCGGGACUUCGAACAUGAAAUUCUGCAUGAACGGCUGUCUGUUGCUCGGGACCUGGGACGGGGCCAACAUUGAAAUUGCCGAGGAAAUCGGCGUCGAAAACGCGUUCAUUUUCGGCACUCGAGUCGACGAACUUCCGUCCAUCACCUCUUACUGCGACAUCGACGACCGACUCUGGAAAGUUAUGAACACCAUCGUGUCCAACGAUUUCGGAUAUGCCGACGAGUUCAAACAACUGGUCGACCCCAUCCGUCACCACUACGACCAAUACCUCGUCGCUCACGACUUUCCCAGCUAUCUCGAGGCCCAGAAACGCGUCGACGAUCUUUGGACGAACAAGUCUCAAUGGAUUCGGCAAUCUAUUCUCACCUGCGCUGGCAUGGGGAAAUUCUCCAGCGACAACUCCGUCACUCAGUAUGCCAGGAAAAUCUGGGACAUCGAACCUCAAAUCCUUCCUAUUAUCACCGAUCAAAAGCUGAAUCGUCCUGUUUGAUUUUUUAUUUCAUAUGACUUCCACCGUCAGCUUCUCUCUUAGUUGUCCGUCAUAUGAACUGUGUUGCUUACAAGCCUUAUAAAAGUAUUUUAUGAUUUCGUAA